AUGCGCAAAUCGCACGUAAACAAUAGUAAGCGUGUAACGCAUGAGCUAGGUGGUAAGUCAGCCAAUAUUAUCCUGGACGAUGUCGACAUCGACCUCGCCAUCCAGCAGUCACAGCUUGGUCUGUUUCUAAACCAAGGUCAGUGCUGUAUUGCCGGCACGCGCGUGUACGUUCAAGAAGGCAUUUACGACGAGUUCAUGCGACGCUCGGUGGAGGCUGCUAGGUCUCGUAUCGUGGGCGACCCGUUAGCUUCGCCACGGAGCAGGGAGCUCAGAUCGAUGAGAGGCUGGUUCAUUCAUCCUACUGCAUUCUUGGACGUAACGGACGACAUGGUCAUUUCUCGCGAGGAGAUCUUUGGCCCUAGCAUUGACAAUGCAAUCAAGAUCUCCAACGGCAUUCGAACGGGUACAGUGUAUGUGAACUGCUACGACGUUUUUGAUGCAAACACGCCGUUUGGUGGCUUCAAGGACUCAGGCAUUGGUCGCGAGAAUGGAGAACUUAGCCUGUGCAGUUACUUGGAGUACAAGACUGUGAUCAUGAACGCCCGGACGACUUGA